UUCUUCAAGAUGAAUACCGCAGCAAUCAGCCCACUCACCGUUACUCCCCUAGGUUUUGUUCCAGACUUAAAAAAUGCCACCCUUGUGCCUUUCAAUGAGACUGCAUGUGAAAACUGGAGAGAGAUUCAUCAUCUUGUUUUCCAUGUGGCCAAUAUUUGCUUUGCAAUUGGACUAGUUAUUCCAACAACUCUAAAUCUUCAUAUGAUUUUUCUACGAGGCCUGCUGACCAUAGGAUGUGCGUUGUUCAUCGUUUGGGCUACGCUCUAUCGCUGUGCCUUGGACAUAAUGAUCUGGAAUUCUGUGUUUCUGGUUGUCAACCUCUUACAUUUUAUAUAUCUACUGUAUAAGAGAAGACCGAUCAAGAUAGAGAAGGAGCUUAGUAGUCUCUACAAGCGAAUGUUUGAACCACUGCAUGUGCCUCCAGAGCUGUUCCAAAGAUUAACUGGACAAUUCUGCAAUAUUCAGACUUUAAAGACAGGUCAAGCUUAUGCUGCAGAGGAUAAAACAUCAGUUGAUGAUAGACUAAGCAUCCGGCUGAAGGGGAAAAUGAAGGUCUCUUACCGAGGGCAUUUUCUGCAUAAUAUUUACCCCUGUGCCUUUAUAGAUUCUCCUGAAUUUCGAUCAACUCAGAUGAAUCGGGGUGAGAAAUUCCAGGUUACCAUUGUUGCAGAUGAUAACUGCAAGUUCCUGUGCUGGUCCAGGGAGAGGUUGACUUAUUUUCUAGAAUCUGAGCCAUUUCUUUAUGAGAUCUUUAAGUAUCUUAUUGGCAAAGAUAUUACAAAUAAACUCUACUCAUUGAAUGACCCAACCUUAAAUGACAAGGCCUCAAAAAAGAUUGAUCGACAGCCUAGUCUUUGCUCCCAGCUCUCUGUGAUGCAGAUGAGAAACAGCAUGGCCAGCACCAGCGACAGUGAAGAUGGCUUGCAGAUGUUCCUGCGUGGGACUUCCUCCGCAUCCUCUCUUCGAAAUAACCAGCAAGAGUUCUAUAAUGCUUACGGAGUGAGUCGUUUGCAGCAUGAUGUUUUCUGUUGAUAACAUCCCAUUAACUCAACAAGCAUCCUCAAAAAGGCCCAGGCCGGACAUCUCCCUACCUGAGAACUUCAGCAAAA